AUUCUUCAUCAUUGUAAGAAAACAAAACGCAGCCGUUGCAAACCCUUAACCCCUUAAACCCCAACAACGAAAAAAGCUUCCAUGGUUUCUUCCUCAUCUUCCACAGCAUAGAAUCCAAACAAACAAUGAAAGCCUUAAGAAUCCUAACAGCAACCACUCUCUCCACUUCAUCUCCCAAACCCAACCCCACUUCAAUCUUCCGCGUUUUCUUCUCCGCAGAACCACUCCCUCCUGAAUCCGAUUCUCAUCUUUCCGAACAAUCAGACUCAACCUUCGACAGUUCCCACUACGAAACCCUAAUCCCCGACGACCACAAGCCCAAGCACACGUGGGACAAGAAAUUCAGAAACCGGGCCGAUAAAUUGGUGUUCGGCGACGAGACAAAGGGGAAAGUUAAGUUUAAGGAGGAAGAGGAUGAGAGAAGAAGAAGGAUUCUUGCUAAGGCUUUGUUAGAGGCUGCACUGAAUAAUGAGAAAGAGGAUGAAGAGGAAGAGGAAGAAGAUGAGAGUUUGGGUGUGGUGAAGGAUGAGGAUCAGAAGUCUUUGUCUGUUGGGAUCAUUGGUGCUCCUAAUGCUGGCAAAUCUGCACUCACUAAUUAUAUGGUUGGAACAAAGGUGGCGGCUGUUUCACGCAAGACAAACACAACGACUCAUGAAGUUGUGGGAGUGUUGACAAAAGGAGACACCCAAAUUUGUUUUUUUGAUACACCAGGGCUCAUGCUAAAUUGUGGUGGAUUCCCUUAUAGGGAUGUCAAGGCUCGUGUGGAAAGUGCUUGGAGUUCAGUCAAUCUCUAUGAAGUGCUCAUAGUCAUGUUUGAUGUUCAUAGACAUCUUACCAGGCCUGAUUCAAGAGUUGUAAAACUAAUUAAGCGCAUGGGAGAGCGGUCCAUUCCAAAUCAAAAGCGAGUUUUGUGUAUGAAUAAGAUUGAUUUAGUAGAGAAAAAGAAAGACUUAUUGAAGGUUGCUGAAGAAUUCAAAGAUCUUCCUGGAUUCGAAAGGCAUUUCAUGAUAUCGGGAAUGAAGGGGGCUGGAGUAAAAGAUUUGACUCAGUUCUUGAUGGAGCAGGCAUUAGAACGACCCUGGGAAGAGGAUCCGUUUACCAUGACCGAGGAAGUUAUGAAAAUGAUAUCAUUAGAGGUUGUGCGUGAAAGGUUGUUGGACCAUGUACAUCAGGAAAUUCCAUAUGAUAUUGAACAUAGGUUGGUUGAUUGGAAAGAGUUGCGAGAUGGUUCUAUUAGGAUUGAGCAACACUUUGUUACUAACAAAUUAAGCCAACGCAAGAUUCUCAUAGGGAAGAAUGGCUCAAAAAUUGGGAGAAUAGGAAUAGAAGCCAACGAAGAGCUAAGGACAAUUUUCAAAAAGCAAGUGCAUCUAAUUCUUCAGGUUAGGCUCAAAUAGUCAACGAGGCAAAUAUAUUUGGCAUUCAGUUCAGAAUAUACCUUCUUCGCCACACCAUGUUAAGCUGUAUGUAAAAUGCCAAAGGGGUGUGUGUGGAUUACACUGACUUUUUAAAGCUUUGAGAUCAGGGUGAUUAUAGAGAAAAUAAUUGCUAUGAAGAGAAACAGGUUGAGUUCUUUGGUGAUCUCACACGGGCAAACUGUCAUGCCUUUUAGUAAUUUGAUUGCCGAAGUUUAAGGACUCAAAUUUGUUUAAGUAUAUGAUUGUGUAUGAUAAUUGAAGGAAAUUUCAGUAUUUUUCGUUUACUCAAAUUUAUUGAUUUAUAGACGUUUUAUACAAAAGGGCACUCCGCUGUAUGAUUAUGAUUAUUUAUAUGACUUGGUGAGAUAAGAGUUUUGUUA